UCUACACUUGGCCACUUCCCUGCCGCCACCACUUCCACUACACCCUCCCCCAGGCAUUGGGACCUCAGGUGGCCACCUAGCCCACACUGAGGCUGCACCUGUAAGAAGGCCCCGCACCCUCUCCUCCCAGUGCGACAGGCAGGAUGGGCGACAUGGCCAACAGUUCCAUCGAGUUCCACCCCAAGCCCCAGCAGCAGCGGGAGGCCCCCCAUGCCGGCGGCUUCGGGUGCACGCUGGCUGAACUGCGCUCCCUCAUGGAGCUCCGAGGGGCUGAGGCGCUGCAGAAGGUCCAAGAAGCCUACGGGGACGUCAGCGGGCUGUGCAGGAGGCUGAAGACCUCGCCCACAGAGGGCCUGGCCGACAACGCCAAUGACUUGGAGAAGCGCAGGCAGAUCUAUGGCCAGAACUUCAUCCCUCCCAAGCAGCCCAAGACCUUCCUGCAGCUGGUGUGGGAGGCCCUGCAGGAUGUCACCCUCAUCAUCCUGGAGGUGGCUGCCAUCGUGUCUCUGGGCCUCUCGUUCUAUGCACCGCCAGGAGAGGAGAGUGAAGCGUGCGGGAACGUGUCAUCUGGGGCAGAAGAUGAAGGGGAGGCCGAGGCUGGCUGGAUCGAGGGGGCAGCUAUCUUGCUGUCUGUCAUCUGCGUGGUGCUGGUCACGGCCUUCAAUGACUGGAGCAAGGAGAAGCAGUUCCGAGGCCUGCAGAGCCGUAUCGAGCAGGAACAGAAGUUCACAGUCAUCCGGAACGGGCAGCUCCUCCAGGUCCCCGUGGCCGCGCUGGUGGUGGGGGACAUCGCCCAGGUCAAGUAUGGAGACCUGCUGCCUGCCGACGGCGUGCUCAUCCAAGGCAAUGACCUCAAAAUUGACGAGAGCUCCCUGACCGGAGAGUCCGACCACGUGCGCAAGUCAGCCGACAAAGACCCCAUGCUGCUCUCAGGCACUCAUGUCAUGGAAGGUUCUGGAAGAAUGGUGGUGACAGCUGUGGGUGUGAACUCCCAGACAGGCAUCAUCUUUACCUUGCUUGGAGCUGGCGGAGAGGAGGAGGAGAAGAAGGACAAGAAAGGCAAGCAGCAGGAUGGGGCGAUGGAGAGUAGCCAGACCAAAGCCAAGAAGCAGGAUGGGGCAGUUGCCAUGGAAAUGCAGCCGCUGAAGAGCGCGGAGGGCGGGGAGAUGGAGGAGCGGGAGAAGAAGAAGGCCAGCGUGCCCAAGAAGGAGAAGUCGGUCCUGCAGGGCAAGCUCACCAAACUGGCCGUGCAGAUCGGGAAAGCAGGGCUGGUGAUGUCCGCCAUUACCGUCAUCAUCCUGGUCCUCUACUUCGUGAUUGAGAACUUCGUGUUGGAAGGCCGGGUGUGGAUGGCUGAGUGCACGCCGGUCUACGUGCAGUACUUCGUCAAGUUCUUCAUCAUCGGCGUCACUGUGCUGGUUGUGGCUGUCCCGGAGGGCCUGCCUCUUGCUGUCACCAUCUCCUUAGCUUACUCUGUCAAGAAAAUGAUGAAGGACAACAACCUGGUCCGACACCUGGACGCCUGUGAGACGAUGGGCAACGCCACAGCCAUCUGCUCGGACAAGACGGGCACACUCACCACCAACCGUAUGACCGUGGUCCAGUCCUACCUCGGGGACACCCACUACAAAGAGAUUCCGGCCCCCAGCGCCCUGACCCCCAAGAUCCUCGACCUCCUGGUCCACGCCAUCUCCAUCAACAGUGCCUACACCACCAAAAUACUACCUCCAGAGAAGGAAGGUGCCCUCCCUCGCCAAGUGGGCAACAAGACGGAAUGCGCUCUGCUGGGCUUCGUCCUGGACCUGAAGCGGGACGUCCAGCCUGUGCGGGAACAGAUUCCGGAAGACAAGCUUUACAAAGUGUACACCUUCAACUCGGUCCGCAAGUCCAUGAGCACGGUCAUCCGCAUGCCAGAAGGUGGCUUCCGCCUCUUCAGCAAGGGCGCCUCCGAGAUCCUGCUGAAAAAGUGCACCAACAUCUUAAACAGCAACGGGGAGCUGCGCGCCUUCCGCCCCAGGGACCGGGACGACAUGGUGAAGAAGAUCAUAGAGCCAAUGGCUUGUGAUGGCCUCCGCACCAUCUGCAUCGCCUACCGGGACUUCUCUGCCUCCCAGGAGCCGGACUGGGAAAACGAGAACGAAGUUGUGGGCGACCUCACCUGCAUAGCCAUUGUGGGCAUCGAGGACCCUGUGCGGCCCGAGGUCCCUGAAGCUAUCCGCAAAUGCCAGCGUGCUGGCAUCACAGUCCGCAUGGUGACUGGGGACAACAUCAACACAGCCCGGGCCAUUGCAGCCAAGUGCGGCAUCAUCCAGCCCGGGGAGGACUUCCUGUGCCUAGAGGGGAAGGAGUUCAACCGGAGGAUCCGCAAUGAGAAAGGCGAGAUCGAACAAGAGCGUCUGGACAAGGUGUGGCCCAAGCUGAGGGUCCUCGCCCGAUCGUCUCCCACAGACAAGCACACUCUGGUCAAAGGGAUCAUUGACAGCACCACCGGUGAGCAGCGGCAGGUGGUGGCCGUGACCGGGGAUGGCACCAACGAUGGGCCAGCACUCAAGAAGGCAGACGUGGGCUUCGCCAUGGGCAUUGCAGGGACUGACGUGGCCAAGGAGGCCUCAGACAUCAUCCUGACUGAUGACAACUUCACCAGCAUCGUCAAGGCGGUCAUGUGGGGCCGCAAUGUCUAUGACAGCAUCUCCAAGUUCCUGCAAUUCCAGCUGACGGUCAAUGUGGUGGCCGUGAUCGUGGCCUUCACGGGCGCCUGCAUUACUCAGGACUCUCCUCUCAAAGCCGUGCAGAUGUUGUGGGUGAACUUGAUUAUGGACACAUUUGCCUCUCUGGCCCUGGCGACAGAGCCGCCCACCGAGUCGCUGUUGCUGCGGAAGCCAUAUGGCCGGGACAAGCCCCUGAUCUCCCGAACCAUGAUGAAGAACAUUCUGGGCCAUGCGGUCUACCAGCUCACCAUCAUCUUCACGCUGCUGUUUGUGGGGGAGCUUUUCUUCGACAUCGACAGCGGGAGGAACGCGCCCCUGCACUCGCCGCCCUCGGAGCACUACACCAUCAUCUUUAACACCUUCGUCAUGAUGCAGCUCUUCAACGAGAUCAAUGCCCGCAAGAUCCAUGGCGAGCGCAACGUCUUCCAUGGCAUCUUUGGCAACCCCAUCUUCUGCACCAUCGUCCUGGGCACCUUCGCCAUUCAGAUUGUCAUCGUCCAGUUUGGUGGAAAGCCCUUCAGCUGCUCCCCGCUGUCCACGGAGCAGUGGCUCUGGUGCCUGUUUGUUGGUAUUGGGGAGCUGGUCUGGGGCCAGGUCAUCGCCACGAUUCCCACCAGCCAGCUCAAGUGCCUGAAGGAGGCGGGGCACGGGCCUGGGAAGGACGAGAUGACUGAUGAGGAGCUGGCCGAGGGGGAGGAAGAAAUUGACCAUGCCGAGCGGGAGCUCCGCAGAGGCCAGAUCCUCUGGUUCCGGGGCCUCAACCGGAUCCAGACGCAGAUGGAGGUAGUGAGUACCUUCAAGAGAAGCGGUUCAUUUCAGGGUGCCGUGCGCCGGCGGUCUUCGGUCCUCAGCCAGCUCCAUGACGUAACCAAUCUUUCUACCCCUACUCACAUCCGAGUGGUGAAAGCAUUCCGUAGCUCGCUCUACGAAGGCCUGGAGAAACCGGAAUCCAAGACUUCCAUCCAUAACUUCAUGGCAACGCCCGAAUUCCUGAUCAAUGACUACACCCACAACAUCCCGCUCAUAGAUGACACGGAUGUGGAUGAGAACGAGGAGCGCCUGCGGGCCCUCCCACCCCCCUCCCCCAACCAGAACAACAACGCCAUAGACAGCGGCAUCUACCUGACCACGCAUGGCACCAAGUCAGCUACCUCGUCAGUGUUUUCUUCCAGACCCGGGAGCCCGCUCCACAGCGUGGAGACGUCCCUCUAAGCAUAACUGCUGUCCGCACGCGCACCCCCCGCACACAUGGGCACCCAGGCGGGACACACAGGCCUGCAGGAGGGCACAGCCAUGGCAGCUGGACACGUUGCUCGCUCGCACAGCACUUGCAAGAAGCCAAACCAUUCAAGGCUUCUUACCUGGGACCAAGGAGAUGCAGGAGGAAGAGGAGGAGGAGGAGGAGGGGGAGGAGGAGGAGGGAAGGAAGGAAGGAAAAACUAGAGAACAAGAAGAGCCGUGUUCCCCACUUUUUUCUAUCGAAGCUUUUUUUUAACGAACACUACAGUGCCACCCGAUUUCUGUCAUUGGGCUGUGCGGUGGGGGCACGGGGUUGGUUUUGGUUUCUCAGCAACUUUGUUGCACCCACUGGAGAGCCAUUGGAGCAACAGAUUCAAUGCAAAAGGAAAGCAGGCGAGCACUGCUUUGCAAGGUUGGGAAGGAUGCCCGUCACCAGACAGCCCGCCCGCCCGAGAGAGCCGCCUGCAAACGUAUGCGAACCGCCAAGCACCCCAUCCCCGGGACACAUGCAGUCUGUGUGUGUGCGUGUGCGUAUAGGCCUAUACGUGCAUAUUUAAAGAAUAAGGAACUAUUUAUCGGCAUGAUCUUUCCAUUGCUCUUAUCAGAUGUUCUUCUUUUGAAAUUUCAUUAUUUAUUGUGGCAGGUUGAUUUGUUCAGGGAACUAGACUGCAAGAAUCGCUUUUUGGUCGCUUGCCCUGCCCCGGGCUCCCAGCCUCCUCCCCUGUCUCCCCCCCUCCUCCUGGCACCAUCCCGGGCAGUAUCACCAUCGCGAUUCCCAGCAGAAGGUCAGGGGAAGGGCGAGGUUAAGACGCAAGCGGUUACCGUUGGAACAUUUGCACUUUGAGACCCCUGCCUAUAGAGGAAAAAAUAGACCCUUUUGAUGGAAUUUUUAUUUAAAAGGAAAAUACCAAAGUAUUGAUGAGGAUGAUCCCUCCCAGGAGGUAGAAGGGGGCAUUUUGCUUUCACUUUCCUUUGGUUUCAAUUCCAAUUCCAAGUGCUGAAUUCUGGCUGCUGGGCUUUCUCUGUCUACAAUCCAAGUCCAAGCUCUGCCCCCUGCUGCCUCUAACCCCAUGUGGGGACCCAGAAUAGGGGGAGGAGUGACAAGAAUCAGACAGAAACCAGUGGAGGAAGAGAUACCAUCAAAACCCAAGAGGAGCUGACGUGGCUGCAAUACGGACCCAGCCCUCUCGCACCUCCCACCGGACUCCCAUUCUUUUUUGGCAAAUGCCAAGUAGUUGUUGCCGAGGCGCCCAUAACGCUGCUCGGAAAGUUCUCAGUCACAACCCACCUAGCGCUCUUCCGACCCCAGUCUUCUCAUUCAACAACUCUGACCCGUGACAGCAUGGAUUUGUGUCUACAGCCACUGACAACGACAUCAGGGAACCAGAUGCCGAGGCAAAGCCCCCAGGAGCCAUGGCCCCUCGUGGCAGUUGCUCUAAUCCCACCUGUGGCGCUUUCUCGUGAGUCUGGAAGGCUGAGGAGGUCAGCUUCACCACGUGGGCCGAACACCUAUCUGCAGGUGCGGAGAGCUGGGCCUGGGCUCCCCAGAUGGUUCCCUCGGGAGCCUCUCCUUGCAGUGUGGGCACCCAGUGUGCCAAGCCUCAGUUUCCCCGAAUGCACCCUAGCCAGGGAGGGAAAUACAGAGAAAGCAGAGAUCCUUUUAACAUCAGAAUUCAUCUGUCUCACGUUUCCCAGGGAGAUAGGGUACAACCAUGGCUCCUCCGUGUGCCUGUCACUGGGGCCUGGGGUUGAGCCACUGGGGGGUGGCUGGGGACUGAGGGACAGAGGGUCAGAAUGGAAACUGCAGGUGCAGUUGAGCAGUAGCUGGACUGGUGGCAAGGCUGGUCCGCCUAUCACGCCCCCCGCCCACGCGCUCCCCACCGGCUGGGUCUCGUCUUACCUCCACCUGCGUCGUGAGCAUCCGCGCUGGCGGCCAAAACACGCUCAGGCUGCACUGUUAGCAUGGAUGCCACGUCACCCCUGAGCAGGAGUAGUCAAACCUCGGGCAAAGGAAUUUCGGUUAAAAAAGAAAAUCCCACUUCAAAUGCCAGCUCCAGAUAACUUAAAGCCAUCCCUUUCUUCCAAAGGGCACAUCGAGAAUGUCACCCAUGUGUACAUUGUCCCCUAUGUCCUUGUUUCGACCACCACAAAAAGGGCAACUCAAUUCGGUGAGGGUCUGUGUUCUUAAAAGAAGUCAAGUUGGAAAUGUUUCAAUUGAAGAAGAUGAGCUCCAUCACACUCCACCCAUGGGCUUCUUUUCAUUCUGUUGUAGACACACUGGUAGAACUGACGUUCCAUAUAUAUUUAAAGCACCCUCGCUGCUGCUGUACAAAGUUGCCUACUGUACAUGUCGACUGUUUAGUCCUAGGUUGCCUUUCCGUGGGGUGUGUGGUUCAGAAACGGGGGGGCUGUGACCUCGGCUCAUUGCUCUGGCUUCUGUCGUCUUCAGACCGAGGGACCUGUGUCACCAGGGAGCCCCUCUCUAUAAAACAUUAUAUUAUAUGGAAUGGCUUGGUCAACCGUGUUCAGUUAUUAACUAUGUUUUACAUUUUUAUCUGCCUGUUAUAAAGAUGAACAAAAAAAAUAUCUUAACGAGGAAGACCACAGAUGCAUACUAAUUUAAAGUCUGUAGUUGAAUUUCCUAAUUAAAGAAUAGACCAAAAUUUCUGUGUAUAAAAAAAAAAAAUGAAAGGCUUCUACAAUCCU